UUCAAACCAGUUUUCUGAGAGUGCGCAGUGAGUGUAAACAGGAAGAAGAGUGCAGCAUUAAACAGUGUCGAUGAACGUUACGAUACAUUGACAUGCUCUAUUUGAAGUCGCGAUGCAUGUGUACAGUAAGAAACUCAGGUUAAAUAUCGUUAAUUUAUGUCUAACACACACGACGUCGCGCGAGUCAACAAAAGCUCUUAGAGAAAAUAUCGGGUAAUGCUAACUAGCGGUUCUGACAAACACAUCGUUUAGAGACGAAUCCCGUUCACUUGCUAGAGAGUAAGUCCAGAUAUAGUCCAGAAAGCUUUCAUCAUUGUACGUGAAUGACUGUCGUGUUUGUCAACGAAAAGAUCUGCAGGUAGUUCAUGCAGAGAAUCUGUGUAACGUUACGACUGAAUUCCGCUCCCUGCCGGUGACUCAAAUGGCCUACUAACCCAGUAACGGGUGACGGGUUAGUUUUCCUGCGGAAGAAAAAUUUUGGCUGACGAUUAGUUCGAUACUUCCAACAGCUGUAAUUUAGUACAAUUCAAAAUGGUUCAGAAAGACAAAAUAAUAGAGUCGUCACAGCCAGAGAAUGAAGCAAAUCCAGUGCCAACCGAAGCUGUUGCAGAUACGCAGUGUCCGGUUGACGAGCCCAGUAUCGGGGUUGAGCGAACAGGCCGAAGGAAAUUCAUUACCGGUGUUGUAGAGGGUUUCUAUGGACGGCCAUGGACUAUGGAACAAAGGAAAGAGCUUUUCAGGAGGCAGCAGAAAUGGGGUUUGAACACCUAUCUGUAUGCCCCCAAAGAUGACUACAAACACAGAAUGUUUUGGAGGGAAAUGUACUCUGUUGAGGAAGCAGAGCAACUCACAACUUUAAUAAGUGCUGCUAAAGAGCAUGGGAUUGAGUUCAUUUAUGCCAUUUCCCCUGGCCUGGACAUUACAUUCUCAAAUCAGAAGGAAGUGUCAACACUUAAAAGGAAGUUAGACCAGGUCUCUCAUUUUGGGUGCAAGUCCUUUGCCUUACUGUUUGAUGACAUUGAUCAUAACAUGUGUCCAGCUGACAAGGAGGUAUUCAGCUCUUUUGCACAUGCCCAAGUGUCUAUCACCAAUGAGAUCUUCCAGUAUUUGGGAGAACCUGAUAUAUUUUUAUUUUGCCCAACAGAGUAUUGUGGAACAUUUUGUUAUCCAAAUGUGUCACAAUCGCCUUACCUACGCACAAUAGGUGAAAAGCUGCUUCCUGGUAUUGAGGUGCUGUGGACAGGUCCAAAGGUAGUUUCUAAAGACAUAACUGUUGAAUCUAUUGAAGAAGUCACGAAGAUACUGAGGAGAGCUCCUGUCAUCUGGGACAAUAUUCAUGCUAAUGACUAUGAUCAGAAGAGACUUUUCUUGGGGCCUUAUAAAGGAAGGUCCACAGAGCUCAUUCCUCGGCUAAAGGGAGUCCUCACCAACCCCAACUGUGAAUUUGAGUCCAAUUUUGUGGCCAUUCACACGUUAGCCACGUGGUAUAAGUCUAACAUGAAUGGAGUGAGAAAAGAUGUUGUCAUGACGGACAGUGAAGACAGCACUGUGUCCAUCCAGAUAAAGCUGGAAAACGAAGGCAGUGAUGAGGAGCUAGAAACAGACAUCCUCUAUAGCCCACAGAUCGCGCUCAAGCUGGCUCUCACUGAAUGGCUAAGCGAGUUUGGAGUGCCUCAUCAGUACAACAGUCGGCAGGUACCUCACAGUGGAACCAAAAGCACUUCUGUGGAUGUUCCUGCGCUCACUUCUCCCAGCCUGGGCACUUCCACUACAGUGACUACAGUCUUCCAACAGCCCAUCAUGAGUCCAGCUGUGCCACUUAGCGAUGAACUGCACGUGCUCGGCAAAGAAGAAGAGGUGGAGGUGGAGAAGAAGGAGUCCGAUGAAGAACCCAUGGAGAUGGUUGUGGAGAAACACGACGAGGUGGAGGACAAUAAAAAUGUCAACCAGAUCCUCACAGAGAUUGUCAAGGCUAAGAUGACAGAAGAUCUCAAACCCAUGGACACAGACAAAGAGAGCCUGACAGAGUCUAAGUCCCCAGAGAUGUCCAUUCAAGAGGACUCAGGCAGCGAUAUUGCACCGAUGCAGACUGAUGAUCAACUCAAUAAGGAGGUGUUUGUUCCAGGUCCCAAUGAGAAACCACUGUUCGUUGCUGAGGCACUUACCCUGGAGGAUUUGACCCUGCUGGCUGAACUCUUCUACCUGCCAUACGAACAUGGCCCAAAAGCAGUACAGAUGCUAAAAGAGUUUAACUGGUUGAGAGCCAAUAGCAAUUAUGUCAGUGUUAACUCCAAAGCAAAGGAUCCAGAGAAGGUGACUGAAUGGCAAUCUAGAGCGGAAAACUUUGAGGAGAUGUGCUGCUCCGUCAUCCAGAUGUUCACCAGACUCUCCAACUCUGCCAACAGGACCAUUCUUUAUGACCUGUAUCCCUAUAUCUGGGAUAUAAAGAGUAUCAUCUCAAUGGUGAAAUCAUUUGUUCAGUGGUUAGAUGGAAGAAUCCUCAGCACAAGUUUCUACUGCUAUUGGAUGGAGAGUGCCCGAUGGUGUCGUAGUCAGUCGUCAGCACAGUUCUUAAGUGGCGACCAAGAGCCCUGGGCCUUUAGGGGCGGUCUAGCAGGAGAGUUCCAGAGACUGUUGCCAAUUGAUGGGGCAAAUGAUCUUUUCUACCAGCCACCACCAUCAAUGCCUACUUCCAAAAUCUAUUCCAUAAGGCCAUACUUUCCCAAAGACGAGUCUGCCAUCUAUAAGAUCUGCAAGGAGAUGUUCACUGAGAGCUGUGAUGGCAUUUCUUUCCCAGAUGAGUCACCGGACCUUAUUGGAGACAGGUUAGUGGGAGGUUUUCUGACGCUCAGCCCAGACUAUGGCUUUGUGCUUGAGGAUGAAGAAGGUAUCUGCGGCUAUGCUCUGGGCACUGUGGAUGUCAAACCUUUUGUGAAGAAAUGCCAGAUGAGUUGGAUUCCGUUCAUGCAGGAGAAAUACAACAAGCCAGACACGGAGAAGGACCUGUCAGAGGCCGAGAAAAUGAUGCUAAGUUUCCAUGAGGAGGAGGAGGUUUUGCCAGAAUCGUUCCUCAGUAACUUCCCAUCACUCAUUAAAGUGGACAUUCACGCAAAGGUUACUGACCCCAGUGUAGCUAAAAGCAUGAUGGGAUGUCUCCUCUCAUCGCUGAAAGCUAAUGGCUCACAUGGUGCUUUCUGUGAGGUCCGGCAGAUGGACAAAAGGAUGUUGGACUUUUAUAGCAAACUGGGCUGCUUUGAAGUGGCCAAAAUGGAGGGAUUCCCAAAAGACGUUAUUAUAAUGGGGAGGAGUCUGUGAAUCUGAGCCGCCUAGAAGAAAAAUCGCACAGAAAGAGCCUCCUAGAAAGUGCACAAAGCUUUGGCCCACAUUUUAAGGCCCCAACUCGCUACCUGUUCAUGUAAAUAUCACAUGUUUUGUAAUAGCAACCCUGUAACGGUAGCUUAAUUCACAUCAUUAUGCCGAAUGCACUUCUAGAAUUUUAGGUGCUGUUCAUUCACUUUGCCAGUGUGUGGUGGAUGAUCAAGAGUUUGAACGUGAGUGUGCACAUAUGGAAAUGGAAGAAGAAGUGAGUCUGUAAGAGUGAUUCAGGACGCAUGACUUACUUUCACUUUUUUCCGGUAGACAGAUUGCUUGAGUUGGCCAAGUGCCAUUGAACCUACUAAAUCUCUUAGAUGAGGCCGAGUUGCAGUUUGUGUUCAGCAUAUGUGCAUGUUUAAGUUAAUGUCUAGAUUCUCCAGACAAAAAACUUGCCAUGACUUGAUAAGAGAUCUUCACUUUACGGUUUUUAAUAGUUAAUUUCAGUGCUUUACAGUGUUCAAAGCAAUAAUCCAGAAGGACUUCUUAAAAGUCAGGGUUUGUGUUAUUGCUUUUCAGGACAUUGUAAUAAAUUCUGCAGUUUUCCAGGUUCAAACCGUGUCGGUGAGCUCAUAUGGAGAAUGCAGCAGGCUAAAGCGAUCCUUUGAGGUUUGGGAUGCUUUAGAAAAGGACUGAACUGAACUUUGAGCGGGCAGAAGUAAAUACAGUUAAACCAUAAUGUUCAUUGUCUUUCAGAACUGCAUGGGAUACGUUUGUGUAAGCCUUUAGCAUGUGUAUCUUUUAACGAUACAUGUUUCAUUUUGUACAAAAAUGCCUUUUGGCUCUUGCCCUUCUCUAAUAUAUUUGAGGGUAAUGAAAAAAUACUUUCCUACACUUCUGCCUUUGUUUAAAGUGGUGAAUUACACAUUUCUGAGACAUAACAGGGUUACAUUAUAAUUCUGUGUUUACAAAAAAAGUACAAUUUGUAGCUUAAACCUCAAGACCAAUGCCCUGCACAAGAACAGAAGGUAAAUUAAAACUAAUGAAAAAAAAAAAAAAAGUUAAGGUACAUUAAUGAAUUAUCUUUAACACACUUGAGAUGCUUUUUCUGUUGCCUGAGGAGAAUGAUAACAGCCAUUGCCUGUUCUUAAUGCCUCUUUGUUAACAUGUUUAAAAGCCCCGGUUAAAUUUGUGUUUCUCUGAAAUCCACUGUAAAGAUGCAAGCCAAUGUAACGAUUGUUUCCCUGAAUGUAUGUACAACAUAAACUGUUUAUUCUGUCUCUAUUCCCCUUUUUUUUUAACCAAAAGUACAGACAGAUUUUUUUUUUUUUCUUUGUAUUUGUUGUGCUGUAUCCUGAAAAACUAGAUUGAGCACAAAAGUCUCACAGAUUCCCAUAUGUAAUGUUUAAAAUAAUGCCUGUGUAAAAGAAAAACGUAAAUACUGUGCAUGUGAUGGGCAGUUUUUCACUUUUUUCUUCACCCCAUUUAAAGGAAUUUGUACCAAAAAAAAAAAAAAAAAAAUGCUAUUCUUUAUCUCCA